UCUCUCUCUUCCUCUCUCUUUCUUUUCGGUCCAGCAAUGAAAGGAUAUUUUAAAUUCGAUAAAAAGAUAAUCGAGAAAUUAUUCUCUUUGUGUAUAAUCGAUCUCGUGGUUUGACCGGAUAUUCACAAUACAACCCGGUCAAUAAGAAAAUUGACAAAAAUCAUGCCUUUGCCCUUACCACGUAACGCUAAUUCGUCGACGAGAAAACGUUCGCGACGUAGAAGUUUGUCUGCGAGGCGUCUAAGCUUCGCGGAAGAUCGUGAAGAAGGAUAAUAAAAAAAAAAAAGAAACAAUUUUUAAUCAUUCUCAUUUAAUAAUAAUAACAACUGUAUUAAAACACAAUUAAAACAGAAUUAAUAUAGUGUCGUUUGAGGGAAAUACAAAAUUUUCCUAUUCAAUCGUUAAGUAGAAUCAAAACAGUGUGGAACCAAAGUUAUUUUGAUCAAACGAAGCUGCUGUUUUUUUUUCUCUUUUUAUAUAUAUAUAUAUAUAUAGUACACAUAUCGUGUUUGGUCGAGUGUUAAUUUUUUAGAGGAGAACAAGAAGAAGAGGAAGAAGAGUAAGAAGAGGAAGAAGAAGAAGAAGAAGAAGAAGAGGUGUGUGGAGGUUAGCGGCUCACAAGACUGAAUAACCGUGGACCGAACCGGUCGGCGGUUCCGUUCGGUCCUGUUCAGUCGUUUCGUCAACUACGACGAAGAAGGUAAAGGAGAGGGAGAAGGAAAAGAUAAAGAAGGACGAUGAGCGUUAGAAUCGUCGUAAGCGUGACGGAAAUCGCGGAAAUGAACCCCAAGGAUCGUUACGUCGUUGAAGGGAUCGCACUUUCCACGGAUGAUGUGAGAGAUGACGGGACUCAAGGCCACGAAAAUGAGACCGAUUCCUUGGAAUCAUUGUCGCCUGUCGAUCCACCUGUCGACAGCGUCUAUAUGAUAUGCGGUGUGCUGAUAGCUAUGGCAUUAGUCGGUGUUAUCAUCGUCCUACUUGCCGUAACAAUCAGCAAACUGAGGAAAAGGGACGAGCAUCAUUCAAAUGUUGUUCAUCCCGAGGAUGCAACUGUUGUGCAAACUGCAACAGUUUCGGCAUCCACAGCAACGAUUUCAACGAUCAGUACUACGGCAACGCCGCCAUCGUGUCAGCUGGUCAACGAGCGAUGCUUGACACAGGUGACAACCACCGGUGAUGGUACAUCCUCCUCUGGCACCCCUGCUCCACCCACCGCCAUAACAACGGUCAACACCGCUACUACUACUACUACAACAGCCACCAAUACAAGCACCGAGCACGAUGGUGCUGCUUAUCCGAUUGCCAACACGCAGGACCGAUUCGUCUGGCAAUUCCCACCGCCUUAUCCGCCACCACAAUAUACAUUGUCCUAUAACGAUCAGGACACACUUGUACACACAUUACCACCUGUGGGCGGUAGGCCAGGAUUUGCAAAAGGCUUUCGCAAAAACUUUGGUGGACAUUGGCGUCGUUUGGUCAAGAGGAAACCGGAAAACGAGACUUGUGCCAUUCCACCGGAACUGAGGGAUCAACUAAAAACGAUCUACGUUUAUUGACCAACCCGUACAGAUGAUAAUACCAAAUCGUACCUCGAAUUUAGUGUUGACCUUCCAAUCUGAUGAAAAUACGAACGCUUUUUUCAUAUCAUAAUUCGUAAGAAGAUACGUCGUUAUAUCAAUUAAUAACAUUAAGGGAAUCGAACAUGGAAGAUUGUUUAACGAAGCAAAAUCAUUUUGAAAAAAGGAAAAAUAAUAUGAACAAAAGAGGGACAAGAGAAAAUUCGAAGAAGAUAGAAAAAAAUAAAUAAAUAAAUAAAUAAAUAAAUACAGGAUGAUGGAGACACACAAGUUGUUCUUAGAUAAUUUGAAAUAUCAAAAAUAAUCUCAUUAUUAUGAGUUCUGCAAUAUAAAAGUAGGAAUAAUAUUUAGAAUUUUUUUAAAUAACAUUUUUGUGUCUCAUCUAUCCAUUAACGAAUCAUCGAACGAUGGUAUGACUUUUCUUUAAUAGUUUAAAUAAAAUAUUUUUGAAAUAAAACAUAAAGAGAGGAGAAAGUAAUCAGA